AUGGCGUCCAAAGUCACUGAUGCUAUAGUCUGGUAUCAAAAAAAAAUCGGAGCAUAUGAUCAACAAAUAUGGGAAAAAUCUGUUGAACAAAGAGAAAUCAAGGGACUAAGGAAUAAACCAAAGAAAACAGCGCAUGUGAAACCAGACCUCAUAGAUGUUGAUCUUGUGAGAGGGUCUGCAUUUGCUAAGGCAAAACCUGAAAGUCCUUGGACUUCUCUGACUAGAAAAGGGAUUGUUCGAGUUGUAUUUUUUCCCUUUUUCUUCCGGUGGUGGCUACAAGUAACAUCAAAAGUCAUCUUUUUCUGGCUUCUUGUCCUUUAUCUUCUUCAAGUUGCCGCAAUAGUAUUGUUCUGUUCCGCUUCCAGCCCACAUAACAUACCUCUGACAGAAGUGAUUGGGCCGAUAUGGCUGAUGCUGCUCCUGGGAACUGUGCACUGCCAGAUUGUUUCAACAAGAACACCCAAGCCGCCUCUCAGUACAGGGGGGAAAAGAAGAAGGAAAUUAAGAAAAGCAGCCCAUUUGGAAGUGCACAGAGAAGGAGAUGGUUCUAGUACCACAGAUAAUUCACAGGAGGCAACAGUUCAGAGCCACUGUGCAAGCACUUCAUACAGCGUCGGCACUGUCUUCAGAGAUCUUUGGCAUGCUGCUUUCUUUUUAUCAGGAUCAAAGAAAACAAAGAAUUCAAUUGAUAAAUCAACUGAGACUGACAAUGGCUAUGUAUCCCUUGAUGGGAAAAAGACUGUUAAAACCAGUGAAGGUGGAAUACAAAGCCAUGAACCUCAAUGUGAAACUAUUCGAUCAGAAGAGACAACCUGGAACAAGGGAACACUGAGGAACAUUCCCAGUAAAGAUACCCAAAGGACAAUAACAAAUGUUUCUGAUGAAGUCUCCAGUGAAGAAGGACCUGAAACGGGAUACCCAUUACGCCGUAAUGUGGACAGGACUUCUGAGAGCAUUCUUCGGAAUAGAAAGUCACACCAUUAUAAGAAACAUUACCCUAAUGAGGAUGCCCCCAAAUCGGGUACUAGUUGCAGCUCUCGCUGUUCAAGUUCCAGACAGGAUUCUGAGAGCACAAGGCCAGAAUCUGAAACAGAAGAUGUAUUAUGGGAAGACUUGUUACACUGUGCAGAAUGCCGAUCAUCUUGUACCAGUGAGACCGAUGUGGAAAAUCCUCAAGUUAAUCCAUGUGUGAAAAAAGAAUAUAGAGAUGAUCCUUUUCACCAGAGUCAUUUGCCCUGGCUCCACAGUUCCCACCCAGGAUUAGAAAAAAUAAGUGCUAUAGUAUGGGAAGGCAAUGACUGUAAGAAAGCAGAUAUGUCUGUACUUGAAAUCAGUGGGAUGAUCAUGAACAGAGUGAAUAGCCAUAUACCAGGAAUAGGAUACCAGAUUUUUGGAAAUGCAAUCUCUCUAAUCCUGGGUUUAACUCCAUUUGUUUUCCGACUCUCCCAAGCUACAGACUUGGAACAACUCACUACACAUUCGGCUUCUGAACUUUACGCAAUUGCAUUCGGUUCUAAUGAAGAUAUCAUAGUUCUUUCUAUGGUUUUUAUAAGUUUUGUGGUUCGUGUGUCUCUUGUGUGGAUUUUCUUUUUUUUGCUCUGUGUAGCAGAAAGAACUUAUAAACAGCGCUUACUUUUUGCAAAGCUUUUUGGACAUUUAACAUCGGCAAGGAGGGCUCGAAAAUCUGAGGUUCCUCAUUUCCGGUUGAAGAAAGUACAAAAUAUAAAAAUGUGGCUAUCUCUUCGGUCCUAUCUUAAGCGUCGAGGUCCUCAGCGAUCAGUUGAUGUAAUAGUUUCCUCUGCUUUCUUGUUGACUAUCUCAGUUGUAUUUAUUUGUUGUGCUCAGUUGCUUCAUGUGCAUGAGAUCUUCCUUGAUUGUCACUACAAUUGGGAACUGGUGAUCUGGUGUAUCUCAUUAACACUUUUUCUGCUGAGAUUUGUUACUCUUGGAUCAGAAACAAGUAAAAAAUAUAGCAAUACCUCAAUAUUACUUACUGAACAGAUAAACCUAUACUUGAAAAUGGAGAAGAAACCUAACAAAAAAGAGGAACUGACAAUAGUGAACAAUGUUUUAAAACUGGCUACUAAACUGCUAAAGGAAUUGGACAGUCCCUUUAGGUUAUAUGGGCUUACAAUGAAUCCACUGCUUUAUAACAUCACCCAGGUUGUCAUCCUGUCAGCCGUUUCUGGUGUUAUCAGUGACUUGCUUGGAUUUAAUUUAAAGCUGUGGAAGAUCAAGUCAUGA